CAGGUCUCACCUGAAGGUUGGAGUCGCUGCUUCCAGUCCGGCACCGCACAGGCGAGCGACGCACCUCAGACCCGGGCAGUGAAACCUCUGGAAGCCAAACGAUGAGCGAAUCAGCCGAGGCUGUGGCCGCCAACAUCAAAAGCAGGAGGAAUGUCACCAUUGAGAUCACCAACCUGACCAACAACUACUGCCUCAUCAACCCACAGGUCUACCUGGACAGCGGCAGCGUCAACAGCCCCCCACCUCCCACCGUCCGCCCACAGAAGACCCAGGUGUGCAUCUUCAGCAAAAAGGGGGGCAAGGCCACCGGUGCGGUGGGCAUCCUGACCUACGACCUGUUCGAGAGGCACAGCAACAGCGCCAGGCAGAAGGUGGCCUUCAUGUUCUCCGUGCCGUACGAUUACAACGUGUACAAGAACUGGGUGGCCAUGGGGGUGUACGACCAGAGCAAGGAGUGCAACGAGGCGCUCUACAAGGAGAUGUACUACAGCAAGGAGCCGCAGGGCUUCGUGCGGCAGGAGGCCAACGGCUGCGGCCUCAGCUUGGAGGGCCAGAGCCUGGACGUGAAGGCCACCAUGUCGCCCAUGGGCAGGGCCAUCAUGAAGGUGGAGAUCUGGGACAAGAUCUUACCACCGAUGAGUCAGCAGCAGCAGUGAGCUGUCGUUGGAUGAGCUCAGCUCGUCAUGUACCUGCAACAUGUGAUCAUGCAUUAAACAUGCAAUACCUGCC